GGAUAAUUAAGGAUAUAGGCAACAAUACCUGCCCCAAAUCGCUGUGGAUUACAUAUUAAUAUAAAUAAAACACAAGUACAUUUACGUUGUCGGUUUUCAUUGGCAUAUCUAGGGAAAUAAGAGAAACAAGCAUCCCAACGACCUCCGAGGAACACAAGUCCAUGUGUGAAGAGGACAACUGUACAAAUGCGUUAUGGCCCAUGAAUGGAACGCCAGGCAUCAGAGUUGUCUGUCCCUAUUCGUGGGAAUGUCUAUAAAUCAAAAACAGUUGGCAGUACUACCAACGCCCCAACAACAACACCAGCAGCAACGAUCACAAAUUGUCCAGCCAAAAGAUACCCACCUAUAUAUCUGACUUUUAUAACGUCCAUAUCAUUUGUUGUUGGAGUUGUAGAUGGUAUAAGUGACGAUAAUAGAAAGCUCAACCAUAACCGAUUAAGAAACGAGGUGGUGGGAGCUUACGAUUAAACAAAACAGAGGAGAGGAAGAACGAUUUCAGUGGCUAACCGAGCAGAAACACUGCCAACCUAUCUUCCACGAAUAGAUGGCCUAGAGCCGUGCGCCUUGCACGUCGACGGCGACAACAAUAGCAAGGAGUAAAGAAGAAAAUAGCCAAAACAUCAACCAACAGCUCACUAGCCCAUCAAAAUGUCCAGCCAUUCAGGGACAAUUGGCCGCAAACGUGGUGGCAGUGGCGGUGGCGGAAGUGAAUAUUACUUCAGUGGUGGCGAACACAAUAUACGUCGUCAACGUUCGGCCGAGUGGCAUAGUCGUCAUGCAUACAACAGCAGCAGCGAGGAUGAGUAUCAGAAUACGGGUCAAGCGUCAGCAUUCGAUACGCAAUUGCUGGCCCAGCUGCUGUUGCAGAGUCAGCAAUUGGCAAACAUGGAUCGCUAUAAUUCUGACUUCGAACACGACGAGCAUUUAUCUUCAAGACUGAACGAAUAUCCAUCCUUAACAAAUCGUGAACUUUCAAAUGCCACAAUUGGCACCCAAUCGUAUUUCCAACAGCUACAAUUGGAACACCAACAACAAAGCACCGAACUAUGUUCACCACUUAAACAAUCACAGACUGCCAAUACACAAACACCCACAACGUCAUCGUCAGCUCUGACAACUGCCAACAAUAAAUUCCUGAAUAAUGCCAAUUUGGGAUUCAUGCCCACAACACGUAGUACAAAUCCAUUUCUUAACUCCAAAUAUGAUUCACAAUCGAAUUCGGAUUCAAUAAGUGAUCGCAUUUCAUUUUCGGGUAGUUCGGCCAUGUUGGAUCACAUGCCCAGUGGGCCGGAGUAUGCUACAAUUAAUAAUGUAACGUCGGUCUUAAAUACGUCGUAUCUGCUCCCGGACAGUUCGAUGACUUCCGCGGCGAACAGUUUAAGUCCUAGUGUACGUGAAAAUGUGAAUGUUCCAACGCGUUCUCAACGUUCAAAAAACGGUCGAAAUGCCAACGGGCGUACAAGUGGCAUGACUUCGUCGAGUAGUGCGACAUCUUCCAAUAGCAAUGCCACACUAAACAAUGCAGCACUCCGUAGUGAACGGGAAAAGCUCAAGUUGCAGCAACUGCAAAUGGAAUUACGCGAAUAUUCCGAAUCGCAGGGUGAAAGUUCAAAUGUUUUGGCAGUUAAUGGCAUUGACUUGGCCAAUGAUAUUGAAGGAACCAUGGUAGAUGGUACAGACCCUGGCGGAGAUAUGAGUGAACUACAAAUUGCUUGUGGUGGUGAUGAAGAUGCGGAGCCACCUCCAGAACCAGCACCACCAGAAAUCCCACCACGCACACAAUCGCUGCUAAUGUCAUUACGAAAGCAUUCGGAAUACAAACUUAAAUACGAGGAAAAAGGGGACCAAAAACAUGAGGAAUUUAUACCAACGACACAAUUACAACAGCAGCUUCAAAAGGAUUAUUUAAUUGCUGACACAGUACGUUGCAGCGAGAGUCAAUCCAAGUCAAUUGCAUCGAGUGAUUCACAAAGUCAACAAGGAUUGGGUCCCAUGCCUGGCACAUUACACCAACAACAAAUGCCACAAAGUAUGUCAACGGGUAAUAACACACUCGGCGGCCAUGGUGGCCAUGAUCGUGGCGGUGGUGGUGGCGGCGGCGGUGGCACCAUUGGCGGUGGUGGCGUCAUACCAGGCGGUGUUCCCGGCACAAUGAAUGGCCCCAAUGGACCACAUUGUCAGAUGAGCGGUUCACAGCCUCUGGUUAUGCCCGCAUUUCCAUUGCGUAACUCACACUCAGCGCACGCACCACACUAUUCACCCUACUCACCUUCCAGGUUUCACAUAGAUAAACGUUGUCAGCACCGUUGUUCCUGGAAAUGUUUGAGUAUCGCCUUAAUUCUAAUAUCAGUCGUCCUAACAGCCAUGUUGGCAUAUUUUGCAGCUGUAAGCUCUAUGAAACCCAACAUGGACACCACAAAUUGCAUCCUAGUCCAAGAUGUUAAAUCGCAACCGCAUGAUUUACACGGCAAUGCUAAAACAAACAUACUCAACGGUAAUAGCCUACAACCCACUGCCUAUCCCACAGAAGAAUCAAUACAGACCAGUACCUCGGACCACAGCUCAAGCACUGGUGGUGGCGGUGGUAUGGCAAUUGGAGCGGGAGGCUUCCAAAAUUUGGCUCCCUCACUGCAGUUGCAACAUCAACAACAGCUCUUGCUGCAGCAACAACAACCGCAUUCAAUCAAUCAGCAAAUUGGACUGGGCAUAAACAGUAACAUAAUGUUGGGUCAAGAUGCCACUUUGCCCCAUCUGCAGGACCAAUCGUAUACGGCGCAACAGCAACAACAGCAACAUCACCACCAGCCUCUGCUGAAGUGGCCACAGGUAGUCGAACUGAAGGAUUUCAAUGAGCUGUACCAUGCCAAUAUACCAGCCUAUCAAUUCUGGACUCUGGAAUUCCGCAACAAACAUCCGGCCUUUGUUCGCUUCAAUUUCACCCUGCCCUGGGGUGCAAAUUUUGCCGUUUAUUCCCGUCGCAAUGUGGCACCAUCCGUAACACAAUAUGAUUUUGUUGAAUUUAUCAAAGGUGGUCGCGUCGACAGUCAUCUACGACAUAGACGUAGUGCAGCCAAUGCAAAUGACUCCACGAUGUACUCGGAGCGCGAGUUCAACAAAGAUCUGGAUGAGAAUGGCGAUUUAUCAAUGGAAACAAUGUCCGCAGAACAUUUGCAGCGUUUGUCCCACCAUGGAGUUUUUCGUUUGCCCUCAGCCGCGGCUAGGCGACAUUACUUUAAUGAUGGCAAUGAUGCUUUUGACUCUGAUGAGGAUGAUGUUGAUUUAGCCGCCGCCGAUGAGGAUGAUGAGGACGAUGUUACUCCUGCUGUUGAUGACAACAACGAUUCAUUUGAAUCAUCGUCCUCGUCAUUUGAAUAUACGGGAGAUAUUGAAACACCACUGGACACGGGUAAACAAUAUGCACAACGUUUAAGAUAUCGUCAGCAUCGGGCCAAGCGUUCAGCGGCAGGCAUGGAUGGUGGUCUACCAGCGCUAGAUAUGGAUACGAUGAUGGUAAACGUUUCCCUAUUGCAAUAUUUGGACACGGGUCUAUGGUUUAUUUCCGUCUACAAUGAUGAAUUGGUCUCACACUCUGUCACCCUCAUUGUCGAAGAAGCCGAGGGCGUCAGUACCACUUGCCCCAAUGAUUGUUCUGGGCGCGGCAGUUGCUAUUUGGGUAAAUGCGAUUGCAUUGAUGGCUACCAGGGUGUUGACUGUUCAAAAAGCGUUUGUCCAGUUUUAUGCUCAGCUCAUGGUCACUAUGGUGGUGGGGUGUGCCACUGCGAGGAGGGCUGGAAGGGUUCUGAAUGCGAUAUACCUGUGGGUGAAUGCGAAGUGCCGAAUUGUUCAAGUCAUGGUCGAUGCAUUGAAGGUGAAUGCCAUUGUGAACGUGGUUGGAAAGGACCUUUUUGUGAUCAACAUGAUUGCUUGGAUCCCUUAUGUUCUAGUCAUGGUACAUGUGUGGCUGGCCAAUGCUACUGUAAGGCCGGUUGGCAGGGUGAAGAUUGUGGCACCAUUGAUCAGCAGGUCUAUCAGUGCCUGCCUGGUUGCUCGGAGCACGGCACUUAUGACUUAGAAACUGGCCAGUGUGUAUGUGAGCGGCACUGGACGGGACCGGAUUGUUCGCAAGCUGUAUGCAGCUUGGACUGUGGUCCCAAUGGUGUUUGUGAAUCUGGCAAAUGUCGCUGUAAUAUUGGGUGGACUGGAAAUCUAUGUGAUCAAUUGCCCUGUGAUGCCCGCUGUUCGGAACAUGGACAAUGCAAAAAUGGCACCUGUGUUUGUUCCCAAGGAUGGAAUGGCAGACAUUGUACAUUGCCUGGUUGUGAAAAUGGUUGUUCACGUCACGGUCAAUGCACUUUGGAAAAUGGUGAAUAUCGCUGUGAUUGCAUUGAAGGGUGGGCAGGUUCGGACUGUUCAAUAGCAUUGGAAAUGAAUUGCAAGGAUAAUAUCGAUAAUGAUGGAGACGGUAUGACGGAUUGUUCAGACAGUGAAUGUUGUUCACAUCCCGCCUGCUCAGAGCACAUAAUGUGUUUAUCCUCCAAUGAUCCGGUAGAGGUAUUGUUGCGCAAACAGCCGCCCUCGGUGACGGCAUCGUUCUAUCAACGUGUCAAAUUUUUGAUUGAAGAGAAUUCGGUGCAAUCCUAUGCCCAUAUGGAUGAAUACAGUGAAAAUAUCUUCUGGAACUCAUUUACACCUUGCCGGGUGUCUGUGAUGCGUGGUCAAGUAAUAACACCACAAGGAUUGGGCAUAGUUGGCAUCAGAGUAUCAGUGGAUCGUGAUUCGAGAUUUGGAUUUACCCUAACACGACAGGGCGGAUGGUUUGAUGUUCUGGUCAAUGGUGGCGGUGCUGUUACUUUACAAUUCCAACGUUCACCAUUCCGACCAUUAACUCGCACUGUGUUUGUACCAUGGAAUCGUAUAGUGGUCUUGCCACCCGUACAAAUGCAGCUUAGUGAUGAAGACGAUAGUGCAAAUCGAAACAUUAAAGUGGCACCUUUAAAUCCAGCCUUGACCUUCCUCAAUUCGAUUUUGUAUCAUUUCUCUGAUGAGCCCACCACCGAUGCCCAUAAGCUGUGCAUGGAACAUGAUCAUGAAGAGCUUAAGCCCCAGCUGAUAAGCACUUGGAUGCCAAAUGGCAUUGGAGCAAUGCCCGGAAAACGUGUCAUAUUCGCCGAAACUCAGAUUGUUCAAGAAUCCAUACAAAUUCCCGGCUCUGAUCUACAUCUAACAUAUCAGUCAUCACAGGCUUCGGGUUACCUAAGUAUUGUACGCAUGCGUUUGACUUCAGAGAAAAUACCCAAAACUCUGACCCAUGUUCAUGUGGGUGUAGAAAUAGAGGGUUCUCUACAUAUCAAAACCUAUGAGGCUGAUCCCAAUUUGAUACACACAUUCGCUUGGAACAAACGAAAUGUUUAUAGGCAAAAAGUCUAUGGUGUAACCAUAGCUCGCAUAUCGGUGGGCUAUCAGCAUUCGACUUGCGAUACACCCGUAUGGAUUACCCAAACCGCCAAAUUGCAAGGUUACGACGUGGAUAUCUCCGAUAUUGGAGGCUGGGGCUUGGACAUACAUCAUCAUUAUAAUUUCCAUGAAGGUAUACUACAAAAAGGUGAUGGCAGUACCUUGCAUAUGAAAGAAUAUCCGCGAACAGUGAAAGUUGUAAUGGGUACUGGCUUGCAGAGACCUUUAAAUUGUCCCGAUCAUUGCAAUGGUAUAGCUAAGGAUGCUAAACUAUUGACACCUAUUGCUUUGGCUUCGGGUCCUGAUGGCAGCUUAUAUGUGGGUGACUUCAAUUUGGUGAGACGUAUUACGCCCGAUGGAAAAGUCUAUACCAUACUACAGCUGAGUGCUACCCAAGUGUCAUAUCAAUAUUAUUUGGCCGUUUCACCUGCUGAUGGUCACUUGUAUAUUUCCGAUCCGGAGAGACAUCAAAUCCUUCGGCUAUUACGUCUGGAGAAAGUUAAAGAUCCUGCGAUCAAUAGUGAACCAGUUGUGGGUUCAGGCCAACGUUGCAUACCGGGAGAUGAGGGCAAUUGUGGUGAUGGUGGUCCAGCUUUGCAGGCACGUUUGUCACAUCCUAAAGGCUUAGCAAUUGCAGCUGAUCGCACCAUGUACAUUGCUGAUGGUACAAAUAUAAGAGCUGUCGAUCCCAAGGGAGUUAUACACACUCUAAUUGGCCAUCAUGGUCAUCACAACCACUGGAGCCCUGCGCCAUGUUCGGGAACUUUAAUGGCCAAUCAGGCCCAAUUGCAAUGGCCCACUGGCUUAGCUUUAAGUCCCUUGGAUGGUUCUCUACAUUUCAUCGAUGAUCGUUUGGUAUUGCGCUUAACAUCAGAUAUGAAGAUCCGGGUGGUGGCUGGCACACCAUUGCAUUGCAACAACAAUGGUCAGGAUAAGACUAAUAAGACUACCGAUAAUGUUUUGGGAACAGUUUUGGCUAUGGCCUUCUCACCGUUUGGAGAUCUUUACAUUGCCGAUAGCGAUUCGAGAAGAGUUAAUUCAAUACGUGUAGUGGAUACUUCGGGUAAUAUGCGCUACUUUGCUGGAAAACAGGAAAAUGCGGGUGCCUUAACAUGUGACUGCACAAAUGGCGCUGGCCUCAAUGCCUCGACAUCCGGCUUAAAUUCUAACAACGGUGCAGGCCACAGCAGUGGCUCCUAUUCAACGACUACUAAUCCCACAAAUCGCAAUAGUGGUGGUGGAAGUGGCAGUGGUGGUACAACGCCCACUACGCCAGCCGGCAACGGAAACGGAAAUGGCGGUUUCAAUGGCAUUGGUGGGGCUGGUGCGGUGUCUGGUGCAGCGACAGGCACCAAUGGCGGUUGCAUUUGCUCUCCCACCUCAGGAUUAGCUGGCAUUGUGACGGGUAAUCUUAUGUCAACCGGGCCUACAACAACAACGACCGUAUUACUGGGCGCUAAAACAACAACAUCAGCCGGUGGUUUGGGCUCAGUAUUGGGCUCCGCUGGCACCCUUAACGACGAUGGCACACUCAGCAAUGCCGAAACUCUGUUGUCAUCGAAUGCACGUUUCCAGGCAAUAUCAGCCAUAGCGGUUGCCCAGGAUGGUGUAAUUAAUGUGGCCGAUCAAGGUUCUCUUCACGUUUUGGCCCUGGAACACUAUCUUCCCUCACAUGAUGAAAAUGGAGAAUUCCAUAUACCCUAUCCGCCAUCUAGUGAGGUGUAUGUCUUCAAUCGUUAUGGCCAACAUGUAGCCACUAAAGAUUUGACUUCGGGCAAAACUCGUUACAGUUUCCUCUACUCCAAGAAUACCUCAUUUGGUCGUCUUUCCACUGUGACCGAUGCCUCUGGCAAUAAAAUACAAUUCCUGCGUGAUUACAGCAACGUUGUGAGCUCUAUUGAAAAUACUCAAGACCAUAAAUCGGAUAUCCAAAUUAAUGGCAUUGGCAUAAUGACCAAACUAACCGAAAAGGGCCGUCAGGAAAUUGAACUGGACUAUGACAGCAAUACGGGGCUAUUGAAUUCUCGUUCGUCAGGUGGUGAAACUUAUAUUUAUCAAUAUGAUGAAUUUGGCCGAGUGACUGGCAUGAUUUUGCCCAGUGGAGAGAUUGUGAGGAUAACCUCCCAAUUGGCUGACAACAAGGGCUUAACGGUUUAUGUACAUGCCUCUGUGGAGUCGCUGUUCUCUCGCGAAAAGGGUGACACCAACGAACUGUUGGUGUUAGGUGGUGUGCGCUCAACAUUCCUAAAGAAGGGCCAGGAAAAUGCCGAUGCUGAAAUUAAACCCAACAACACUCUGGUGAUACACAGCUCCAAUGGUGUUGUUGUGGAAUCUUCUGCUGUUGCACGCCAUCCUUUGCUCGAGGCUGCAUUGCCCGUUGAAGCAGAAAUGUUGGCUAUGUGGUCGCAUCAAAGUGUAACCAUGGGUGAAGGCUUAACGAACAACAUGUACUCCGUUUACAAUUUGGUUGGCGAUGUCCGCAACCCCCAGCAAACAUUAAAUCGUGAAAUUUGGGUAAAUCAGUCACGUGUGAUUGGUGUGGAGUUCGAUCAGUUUACCAACCGGGAAACAUUCUAUGACAUGAAUCGCACUCCCAUACUCAUUGUGGGCUAUGACCAAUCGGGCCUGCCCAAAUCCUAUUAUCCCACAAACGGUUAUCCUGUCAAUUUGACCUAUGAUCGCUUCAAUCGUAUCGAUGGCUGGGCUUGGGGACCGGCGGAAAUAAAGUAUUCCUAUGAUCGACAUGGCCUGCUUUCGGAAAUAACUUCUCAACAAGAUGGCAUCAUAUCCUUCGUCUACAAUGACUGGAAUCUGGUGUCGGAGAUUGGUUUGGCAUCGCAGCGUAAAUUUGUUUUACAAUAUGAUGAGUCAGGUGGUUUGAGGCAUGUGGUGCUGCCCUCGGGAACCAAACAUUCAUUUAGCAUGCAGACUUCGAUUGGUUUCAUACGCAGCACUUACACAGCUCCGGGCAGUACAAAACCAUAUUUGCAGCAUUUCAGCCACUCCGGAGCUUUGCUGCAGACAAUUUUCCCUGGGGAUGGUGCUCGUAUUUUGUAUCGCUACAAUGCCGCUGGGCAACUGACGGAGAUUGUCCAUGGUGAGGGCAAGAGCGAAUUUAUCUACAAUGAUGCCACUGCAAUGCCUUCCACUGUAUCGCAUACUGAGAGAGAGCUAGAGUACCGCUGGGACUUCGAGUAUACUGGUGGCCUAUUGACCGAGGAGAGAAUUGAUUUCAUUGCCAAGACUGGCUUGAGUAAUGCCAAGUUCACCUAUGAAUACGACACCGAUUUCCGUGUGAUCUCCAUUCAAGGUAGAAUAGGAGGACAAAAUCUGCCUGCCCAGAAUUUCGCAUAUGAUCUGCGUACAGGUCAACCCAGCGUCAUCGGACAAUUCAAGUUGAUGCAUCCUUUAUUGAACCAGACUCAAGUCUAUGAUGGUACGGCCAGUUUUAUUCGAACUGUUGAUGGCCGCUUUAUGACUCAAAAGGUGGCAUUGUCCAUACAUCGUUUAGAGGUCUUCCGCAUGGAAUACUCAUUUGGUGUCCAUGGUCGCAUCACUCAGACAAGAACAUAUACCCGCAACAUGGCAGUUAACACCUAUACGAAUGUAAAGAACUACACUUGGGAUUGCGAUGGCCAAUUGGUGGGAGUUGAGGCCCAGGAACCUUGGGGCUUCCGCUAUGAUGAUAAUGGCAAUUUACUAUCGCUGACCUAUCGUGGCAAUACCAUACCCAUGGAAUACAACAGUCAAGAUCGCAUCGUUAAGUUUGGAGAGGGUCAAUAUAAAUAUGACUCAAGAGGUUUGGUGGCCCAAAAUGCACGUGAGGAAAGAUUCUAUUACAACACCCAAGGCUUGUUGGUGCGAGCUACCAAGAGAGGACGUUUUGAUGUGCGCUACUAUUAUGACCACAUGAAGCGUUUAACUACGCGCAAGGACAAUUUCGGAAAUGUAACGCAAUUCUUCUACAACAACCAGCAGAGACCUUUCGAGAUUUCACAGAUCUAUUCACCGCGCGAUGGCAAGCUUAUGUCUUUGACUUAUGAUGAUAUUGGCCAUUUGAUUUAUGCCCAAGUGUAUCGACACAAAUACUAUGUGGCCACAGAUCAAUCGGGCACACCCAUUAUGAUAUUCAAUCAAUAUGGCGAGGGUAUACGUGAGAUCAUGCGUUCACCAUUUGGCCACAUAGUCUACGAUUCCAAUCCGUAUCUGUAUUUGCCCAUCGAUUUUUGUGGCGGUAUAUUGGAUCAAGUAACCACGCUGGUGCAUAUGGCAGAUGGCCGCGUCUAUGAUCCUCUUAUUGGCCAGUGGAUGACACCAAAUUGGGAGAAUGUGGCCGAACGCAUACCCACUCCCACAAAAAUGCAUUUAUAUCGGUUCAAUGGCAAUGAUCCCAUUAAUGUGGGACAUGACCGCAACUAUCCGGCCAGCUUUACCAAGUGGAUGAAGACAAUUGGGUAUAAUGUGGAGAAUUUGGUGCCCCAGCUAAGUCGCAAUUUGUGGGAACAACCAUCGUUGUGGGGUCGAGCACCCCACAAUCCCAUAGCCAUGGAUCUAAAGAGGCCCAUGUACAACGUUCCCACAAUGGCAGUAGAGAGUGGCUUCCUGGCUCAUUUGAAUAUACGACGCAUGUCCAACUUUGAAGAACUGAAUGCUCCACCCAGAUCAGCAUUGAAAUAUGAUGUCAUGACACCAGGCCCCAGAAGUAUAGGUUCCGAUACAGAACCACCAUUCGGCAAGGGCAUAGUGGUCUCCAGGACUGCUGAUGGUCAGGCAAUAGUGUCCAGUGUUCCUGCAGCAAAUGCCAUUUACAGAGAUGUCUACACAUCGGUCUUCAAUCGUUCGAAAUUGUUGCCCUUCACCUUUGUGGUGCACAACGCCCAACAGGACUCAUUCUUCUUUGUUAAGGAGGAACUGUGGCGAGCCAGUGAAGAUCGUCAGCAAUUGAAACGUCUGCAGGGUCAAGUGAAUACCACAUUCCAUGAAAUUAGCCGCGAGAACGGCAGUGGAACCAAUUAUUUGGAUGUUAAGAUUCAUGGUCUUCAUGCUAUUAUCAAUUUGCGUUAUGGCACCACUGUGGAAAAGGAAAAGCAACGUCUUAUGCAUCAUGCCAAAUUGACGGCGGUACGCAAAGCCUGGCAUCGCGAGAAGGAAGCCUUGCGUAAUGGCCUAAACAGUGAAAUCGAAUGGAACCAACAAGAAAUCGAUGAGAUACUCAAACAGAAUUAUGCCAACAACUACGAAGGAGAAUACAUACACGAUGUUAGUCUGUACCCAGAACUAGCUGAAGAUCCCUAUAACAUAAAAUUUGUGAAACGGAAAGGAGCCACCGGCGGAGCGGCGGGCGUGCCCAAUAGUCGCAAGCGUAGAAGAAGAAGUAUUCGAGAGAAUGAUGAGAAAGAGGAUAAAGCCUUUAUGGCAAAAACAAUUAAUGGAGAUAAACUACUAGGACAGACACAGCAACAAGAACAAUUAUUAUUAAGUGAGGCAGACAAGGAAAACCCAGAGAUUAGUCAUGAUGUCAGUCGAACAAACGGCAACGAUUGUUCGCUGCAUCAUAAAUGUUAGCUUAAAUUUUAAAUUUACACAACAAUAAAAUUAAAAGAAAAGAAACAAAAAAAAAAAACAAAGAAAAAUUGCAUAGGAACCACACAAAAACAAAACACAUAUUUCUGUUAUAUACUAUAUAUAUUAAAAAAUAAUUAUAAUUAAUUAAAAAAGAAUACCCCCUAAAAGUUAGUUAAGUUUUCAAAGAGAAAUAAAACACUAAUUAAGAUAAAUUAUAAUUUUUAAUUUAGAAAAGAGAAAACAUCUAAUACUAAAGUCGAAGCCACCUGGGCAGCAAAUGUGGCAAAUAUCCUUAUACAUAAAACGAGAAUAGUUUUGUUUUAUUUCCGAAAAACAAAAACGAAAAACCAAACAUUUUUGUCUAAUUUGUAUGUGUACAGUAGUGAAUAAUAACUAAUUAUAAAAUUGAAAAAACAAAGAACAAAUAUUUAUUUACCCCCUAAAAACAAGAAUUUAGUAAAUAAGUGGAAUUUAUAAAUGGAAAAAAUAAAACAAGACACAAAAAUAUACAAAACUUGAUAUAAUGUUUAAGAUUAACAAGAGAACACACAAACAACACAAUGAUAUUUAUUGAUUGAACAUUUUAUAUAUUUCUUAUUAUUUUUUUUUUUUUUUUUGACAAUGUUUUUGUGAAACUCAUAGAGCUAGACAACUUUUUUGAAGAUAAUUUAAACAUUUUUAAAAUAGGUUUUUGGUCACGACACACACACCAGUCACCUUUCAUUACUUACAUAGGGGGUGCGUACAAUCAAUUAAUAUUCUGAAUAAUGGAGGACUAGGGACAUACCGGCCUCUACUAUUGUAUAACAAAUAAAAAGUUUGCUUCAGUUCUUUUAUUAUUCGUUAUAUAUUUUGUUUUUUGUCUUUUUUUUUUGAAUUCUUGUUUAUAUCAUGAAUUUGUUUAUGAAUAUUAUUUUUCCUUUUGAUUAAAAUAUUACUUUGAGAUUUUAUACGAGAUUUCAAGAUACUGUCAACUAAAAAUUUCAUUUUUAAUUUUUUCGUUGUAUUUUUACAUACAAAUUGUAUAAUCUUUCAAAUGCAUCUUUUGUUACAUUUGUUACAUUUUCUUACUUUUUUGAAUAUUUUUUUUUAUAUUUAUUUAUUUAAAAAAAAAAUCCUUUUUUCUUUCGCUAUGAUGCCAAUCUCAUACAGUUCCUGCAUAACUUCCGUACUCCACAUUUGAAUUAAUAUACUAACAUGCAGCUACCAAGUUUACUGACAACUCCACUAUUCUGUUUUAUUUAAGUGACGCCUGACUGCAAUUUAGCUGGGAGAAUUUUUCAAAAGUAUUCUAAAGUCUAUGAAUUGAAUACUUCAUAUUAUAUAUUUUAUAUAUUCGAUUACAGAUCAAUAUAACGCAUCUUCACCAGUUGAAAUUCCAUAGAAGUUACAAUAAAAAUCUUCAAUCAGAUUUUGUUACCAUGGCCUAACCCUGUUGAAUAAACUAAUGGUAGCUAUCGGUAAAACCUAAAUUGCAAGGAGUUUGCAAUUUGAAACUACUAAUCAGUCAUGAUCGCCUACAGUUUUUGUCUUUCGUAAGUGUGACAAUAAAAAUAAAUAUUUCUUCCAUUACAUCUAUCCAUCGCUAUGACUGCAGGAUAAAUUGAAAAACAUAACGCGGUAUCCUAUUAGCUUGUAGGUAAAAAGGAUUACAAACUUAUCGUUUUCCAUGUUUCCACUUAUAAACAUUUCAAUUAGCUGCUGCAGUAUUGAGUCGCAGGGUUACUCUGGUCAUUUAUAUGAAUAUCGAUCACCUUAUUUGAAUUCUAAAUAUAUGUGGCAACAAAACAAGAUCCGUUUUCAAUUGUAUGUGUCUUACAGUAAGAAGUAGAUAUGUAAUCCUCAUAAACUGAUGUUAGGUUCUUUAGGGUAUCUUUGCGAUUCGUACUUUGGAUCCCUUCUCCAUGCAGAAGGUGUACUUUUUCAAUUAAUUACGGAUUACGAAAGUCAACUAUGCUACUAAGGUUUGUCUUGUUUAAGUGACUAACGAGAUACAACUUGACCAAAUGAAGUUUUAUCGUAUCUCAUUCUGGAGUGCAAGAGUUUUGUUCACAAAAUUGUUAAAGGCAUUCCAUUGAUUUUUGAGGUUUCAUGUAAGCCAACAAACAAUGUGGGAACGUAUAUAAAAUGUUUUCCUUGUAAUCUACCAAAAUUUGUAUUAAAUAUUUUCAUAUAUGUUCUAGUUAAGAGGAAUUUCAAAUCCCACCAUCUAAGUCAAUUUAUUUACAAUAUACUUAUUCUCUCUUAUUUAAAUUGCUUUAUAAAAUUUUUAGCUCUAUGAGAACUUUAUUCACAAAACCCCCAGUUUAAAACCGAAUUACAAAAUUUAUGCAUAAAAAUAAUAAUACAAAAAAAAAAAAAAAUAAUAAAAAAAUUGUAAACGUUUUAAGGCAGGACGUUUCUUUUAUUUGUGGUACUCGAGCUUUUUGAGACUGGCGUAGUUUUUAAAAAACACAAUUUAUAAUAAAGAUAAAAAUUAAAAAAAAAAUCCCAAAAAAUACAUGAAAAAAUGCAAAUUUAAAUUCAAUAUAUUAUUAAAUAAGUAGUUUGCUUCAAUAAAUGUAAUUAAUAAAAUAUGAAACAAGUAAAAUUAAACAAACAAACCACAAUAAGAUAACACCGAAUAAAUAAACAUACAUUUAUCCUCAGAUUAGAUAAAUGUCUUUAUAGGAAAGCUGACAAACAAAAUAGUAAAGAGCAACUAAAAUCCCAAAAACUACAACCAAUUAAAAAAAAAGCCAUAAGACAUAAAAAAAAUAUAUUAACAAACCCCAACAACAUCUAUACGUAUAAACAUAUACAUAAAACCAACCAGACACUUGUAUAUUUUAUCAUUUUUUAUAUAUAAAGAAAAAUAAAAACACUGAAAACCAACCUUAUAAAAAAAGCAUUUAAAAAUACAAUUCUUGAAAAUCCCGAUGAAAACAAGAAUUUCGUCAAGAUCCUAAAAUAUUCCUUUGAAUCCUUCAAUACGUUAGGUCUAUCUAUCUCCCAAUCCCCGCCCAAAAACAAACCUCAACUUCUUGUAAAAUAUUGAUUGUAAUUUUAUCAUUUAGCUUAUAAUACGAAAAUAAUUAAUUAAACCUAAAAUUAAUCUUAUCCAUAGAUAUAUAUAUACUAUAUAUAUGCAUAUAUAUAUCUAAACAAAAAAUAAAUAAAAAAUACAGCAAAUGUUUAGUCUUUAUGUAUAGUAAUGAAUGAAAAGAUGAAUCCGAAUUAAGAGAAGAAGAAGAAAAAAACAAAAAACAAUUCAUGUAAUGUAAUAUUUGUAUUCCUUUUUACACAAUUUAGUUAGUUAUGCUUAAAAACAAGUUUUUUAUUAUGAUUGUUUUCUAUUUCUAUCCCUCUUUCUUUCCUUGUUUUUUUUCUAUACUGAAAAACUUCUUUGUUUUCCAAAUUUAUUUAUGCUUAUUAAAUUAAAAGAAGAAAAACGCCCAAAAACCGAAACCUUGUUUAUUGAUACUAUAUAUCAUCAUCUCAUAAUAACGAAAGAAUUUAAAUCCUAAUUGUUUUUAAUUUAUAAGUCAAACUGAAUGAAACAAAACAUAAACAAAUAAAAUUCAAAUAAAUAUGGCAACAGUAUUAU